AUGCAUAAUGUUGAGCAAAGGAAAAAGGUUACAGGCUCAGGGGCAACUUGUAACUUGCCCCAGGUGGCAGAACCUGCAGUGUACUUAUACUUCAACAACAUUUCUCUGCUUUCAGGUUGUUGGUUUCAAAUGGAGGAUGAGGAGGCACCUUCUCAAACAGUGUCACAGGUAAGGGCUCCCAAGUCAGGACCAGAAACCCAGAAAGCAUUCCCUUGUGAGAUGUGUGGCUCAGUGGUGAAAGACAAUUUGUGCAUGGCUGAGCAUCAGGGAAUAUGCCCUGGGCAGAAGCUGCACACAUGUAGGACAUAUGUGGGGCAACUCUGGUUCCUUACGAACAUCCUCCAGCACCAGAAACAGCACAGUGGAGAGAAACCCUUUAGAAGGGAUCAGGAGGGGGCUUCAUUUGUUAAAAACUCUAGAACAUACACCAGUGAACAUACACCAGUGAAUCCCUUGACAUGUGGGGAUGGUGGGAAGGAUCCCCUGGCCAGCUCGAGCCUUUUCCAGCUCCAGGCCACUCAUGGCAAGGGGAGUCCACAUAGCAGCAUGAAGUUCAGGAAGGCCUUUUGCAGUAGUGAAAAGCCUUCUGAAUACAAGGAAUGUGGGAAGUUCUUUAGUUGCAAAAUCAUACUUGUUCAGCACCAGAGAAUCCAUACUAGAUAAAGGACCGAAUGCGGGAAGGUCUUUAGCCAAAGCUCUAGCCUCGUUCUACAUCAGAGAGUUCACUCUAAAUCAAGGUCUUUUGAAUGCAGUGAAUGUGGGAAAGCCUUCAGCUGCACAGACAGACUUGUUCGGCACCAGAGAAUCCACCGUGGAGAAAGGCCUUAUAAGUGUACCAUAUGUGAGGAGUUGUUUUCAGACAGACAAAGUUCUGUCCUUAUUGGACACCAGAGAGUUAACACUGCAAAACCUUAUAAAUGCAACGAACGUGGCCAUAAAAAUGGACUUGUUUGGCACCAGAGAGUCCACGCUGGAGAAAGGCCUUAUGAGUGCAGCAAAUAUGGGAAACCCUUCAGACAGAGCUCUGGCCUUGCUAUACACCAGACGGUUCACACAGGAGUAAGGUCUUAUGGGUGCAGUAAAUGUGGGAAAGCCUAUAGCAAAAGAUCUGACCUUGUUCAACACAUGAAAUUUCACACUGGAAAAAGGCCUUUUGAGUCUAUGAAAAUGCUUGUUAGACACCAGAGGCUUCACACUGGUGCAAAACUUUAUGAAUGUAACAACUCUAGAGCAUUCUUUACCUAUAAAAUCACACUUGUUAGGCAUCAGAGAACCCACACGGAGAAAGGGACUUAUGAGUACACUGAAUACGUGAAAUUGUUUAGCCAAAGCUCUAGCCUUAUUGAACAUCAGAGAGUUUAUACUGGCUGCAUGAGUGCAUGGAAUGUGGAUAAUUCUUUAGCCAAAGCACCAGCUUUAUUUUACAGCAGAGUGUUCACACCAGAGCAAGACCUUAUGAGUACAGCAAACGUGGGACCUUUCAGUCUUUAUCCAUCCUUGUUCUGCACCAGAGAAUCCAUCCUGGAGAAGGGCUUUCUGAGUUCAGCAAAUGUGGGAGAUUCUUUAGCUAUAGGUCUGUCUUCAUUAAACAUUGGGAAAUCACACUGGAGAAAAGAGUUAAAGUACAGUGACCGAGAAAGCUAUUGCUCAAUGGCCUUCAUUUGCCACUGGAAAGUUCACACUGGAAAAAAGACCUUAAGAGUGUAG